GGGACGUCAUUGGCUGCUGAGGCGGUCUGAAGAGUUGUGGAGUCGGAUUCCUGAACACGUCUCAGCUCCGACACGACAGCGCAGCAGCUAACGGUUCUCUCUAUCAUCGGAUCACCAGAACUUCUUCGAUCUCGGCUCUUCUCCUCCACCGUUUACCUGCUUGCGCAGCGUCAGUUCAGCAGCAGCAGCAGCAGCUGUUUGGGCUGAAUCCACUUCCCUCGGACCACAUCUGGAAAUAUUUGCUGAGAACAAACGGGACUGUUUUGAACUCUUUCUAAAUCGAGUCCGGCUCUGGAGACGGACAGGCUUCACUUUUCCACGGCGGAAAUGAGCUCAGGCCUCUCGCUUGACUCCCACUCUCGUACAAACAUGGUGGUCGUGAGUUGCUGGACCGGGAUCUGACCCUCGCUCUGGACCCAGUUUGGAUGAGAGGAUGUUUGCGGGACUGCUGGGUCUGGGCUGUCAAAGCGGUUCCGUCCGUCCCACCCGCCAAGAGACUGAAGGUGGCGGAGUGGCACGGGCAGCUGGCAGUUCCGAUGCUAAGAGGCAACACCGGAAGCCGGGCUACAUGAGAGGAGAGCAGUCCAGACUACAGAGCACUACUGAUGGGCGAGACCAGGGGCAGGAAGAGGAGGAUGAAGGGACUAUUUGUGUUCUGAAUGAGAAUCUCAGUGAAGCACCUACUACUGUGAGACCUGCUGCCAGAAUGUCUGCGAGUGACCUGGAAGACAACAGAGGUGUUUGGACUUCUAACUUUAGCUGUGGUUCUGCUCCUCUUGUGGGCAAAAGCGAUGGCACCUCGAAGCAUGACAAGUUGCUGCCACAGACUGAACUCACUAGCGACACCUUCAGCUCCAGCUUCAGCUUCAUCAGGCAGUCCCUGACUACACAGCCAGGCUUGACCAGAGCACCAGAAACUGAAGCCUCAUGCCUUGAGCCUCCUGCUUCUAAGCGCUUCUCUUUCGGCGGCAGCCAAGAAGGUCAUUCUUCAGACGGAAGGUUUUGGCGGGAAACAGCGUGGAAGGGAAGGGAAGACUUCCUGUCCGACCGCGACUCCCCCCCGCUGGACACUGAGGUCACGUCUUCGCUGUCGGUGGACUCGGACACGGCCUCGGCAUCCUCUGGAUAUGAGAGCGCCACGCCCGCUCUUGACCAGGGCUGGGACCUUCUGGUGAAGAAGCACGAGUGCGUGCUGCAGGACUGUCUGCAGAGCAACCGCACGUACACCAAGAUUGAAUCCAUGAUGUUGAGGCUUCAACGACUGCAACAGAAAGCUAUUUUGGAUGACGAUUAUGAUGCAGCUGAGCGUUUUGGGAAGAAGCUUCAGGAACUGUCCAGAGAGCGAGGGGAUCUGCAGCUGGCUUUGCCCUCCAGACAGCCCAGCAUUACCCUCUUCCUCGAGCAGCUCGGUCAGGUGGUGCACAGCGUCCUCCAGAGGACUGAAGCCAGACCAGCAAGAGACGACUCAGAACUGGAGGUUGGAGAGCACCAGAAUUCCUCUGAGCGCAAAGAACGGCUUUUAAAACAGAAAGAAAUAGUGGAGGAGGAGAUGGAGGAGCUACAGGAGAAGCUGGCCGAGCUGAAGAACCGCAGUCGAAGUCUGGAGCUGCAAAUCCAGCAGGAGGAGCAGCAGAGGGAGGCUGAGGAGCUGGAGGGAUCUGUGCUGAAGAACUACACGGUGACCCAGCUGAGAGAACUGAGGCGUACCCUGCAGGACCUGGUGCACUCUGAAAACCGCACCCAGAUCUCAGUGUCUCCUCCGGCUGCGAUACACAGGAUCCAGGAACAGGAGCAGGCAUUGAAUCUGUCCAUCAAAGAAGCAACCGCUAAAGUGGUCAUGAGUCAGAGGCUGGGCAGCAGCUUGCGAAGGAAAGUCAGCGAAACUGAAACUCAGCUCCUGGCGCUGCACGAAGCCAAAGUUGCCGCCGUUUCCGGUAACGACUUCAGCGGCGCCAAAGAGCUGACGGCUGAGAUGAAGGCGGUGAACCUGGAGCGGGAGCGAGUGGAGGUGCUGGUUAAGAGGCUAAACAGCCUGAGCUGCGGGAGCAGCCAAGAGCUGGCCAGGAUGAAGGAGCAGAGGCAGCAGCUCAGGCAGGAGCUGACGGAGAAGGAGAUGCUUCACGAGACACAGCUAAAAGACAAUGCUACCAAGUAUAUCGAGCUACUGGAGGACAAACUGCACAGCUGCGGCUGCCCGGGUCUGGAGCGGAUAUGGGAGGCCGACCUGGAAGCGUGUCACCUCUUCCUACGAGGUCUUCAGCUGCGGACUCCCAGCUGCAGUGGAGUCGAGAUGGAGGACCUCCCGGUGGCAGAAGCUCACUCGCAGCUGCGCUCCAAAGACGAGGAAGACUGCGCCAUGCUGACGGCUUUAGGGGGUCGAUGGUGUCCUGAAGCCGACUUACAGAAUUCCGAGUUCACCAAGAAACUGGAGGAGUUUUUGUUCUGCGUGGAGGAGAAUCACCAGGAGGACACGCACAGCGAGACGUCCGACCUGAUGGAGCGCUGCAUGCAGAUCUGCGACCGACUCUUCACCUUGGAGAUGGAUCUAAAGUCGGCGAUGGAGAACCAGGAUGAGAGCCUCACUGAGUCGCUUGAAAUGGAACUCCAGCAAGUGAAAAUCACCCUGGAAAACAUGCACGAGCAGCUCAAGAUGGAGGAGGAGGAGGAGGAGAAAUUGCAGGAUGACGACCACAUGGAAGAUGGGACGGAGGAUGAGGACGAGGAGGAAGACGAGGACCAGUAUUUCAGCGACAGUUGGGAGAUUUGAAACAGACUCACACCACCUCAUCCAACACUGUCUCCCACCUUUAUUUCCACGUGAUGGAGGCGGUAUUUUCCAGCUGCCAUGAAGUGCCUGAAACCACUGUUUUGUUUAGUCGAGCUGUUUAUUUAUUUUCUAAAUUGGAUGAGAUCGACGAUCACCACUGAAGUGCAAUUACAAAAGGAAGUUGCUGUUUAACUACAAAUGUUCUCACAGCGAUGGCGACAAUUUUUGUGUCGAGCUCAGAUAACAUUCCAGCUUUAUAUGAACUAACCACUUUUGUUUUUGACUACAUGAAUGUUUGUCUGUGAAGUGACUUCAGCUACGUCCACAUUUAAUGUCCGCUCCAGUCACUCUGAGGAUGUGACUGUGCUUCAUCAGCACAGCAGCGUUUCAAUUGGACAACAUCUCGACCCAUUAUCAUAUGAUUCUGGGGGAGGUUAGUCACCUUCCCUGUCUUCAGUUCUAAUAUUGUUUAGCUGAUAGCUACAGUCGCGUGUUUCAGAGUCGACUGCAAUGUCGAUGGAAAAUGGAGCUACAAAGUUGCUGGACUGAAUGUUUGGCUCCUUUAUUCUUCAGAGGAGGCUACAUGUCUCUUAAGGAGUAAUGGGUCUCUUCACUGAGCCACGAUUUUAUCAAUGAUAAGUGUAGCAAUGAGGAACGGAAAGUUUGGCCGAAAACUUUCUGGCUGACUUUUGAAAAACUACUGCGAUGUUCUGAGAUGAGAAAGAUGCGUCUCCUGACAAUGAGUUUUAGGAUGAAGGAUUUCAUUUUCCUGUUUAACCCAAACGGGGUUUUAUUCUUGUGGGGUUGAGAGGUAGAAGGACCACAAUGUGGAGGUGAAAACAUAUGAUGUGGAAAAGCAGUUUUGUUGAUCCUGCUGUCCCUGAGGUGCGGCGGGAUCACAGACGUGAGGCAACUCUUGGGGCGAACCUUGUUGAGUUUGUUGGUUGUUGGCCAGAUCAGGUCGUCCACCUCCUCUCACCCCAAGUAGCUGGGACAGGCUGCCCCCCCCACAUCAACAUGAAGUAAGCAGAAGACAGGGUGAGAAUAUAAUCCUCUCUAAUAGCUACAAACAAGAAUUACUGAGUCACUUGUUUUGAAGUUCUCACAGCAACACAAAGAUCCAACUUGUGACUUAAAUGUGAACGUAGCUUCUUUGCGAGUGUGGUGCUACAAAACGUGACUGAACUUGAACACUACGGAUUCCUGCCGAAUGCAAUAUUUGAUUUCGUUUUUUUCUAAACAUUGUUAAUGUUAAGUAUUUUAUAAUAACUGUAUGAUCAUUAUCAAAACAGUUGUGUGUUUGUUUGCACGCCGUCUUUACGUUUGACACUGUGUUGACUCUUGUCUAGUCCACUGGGUGCCACUCGACUGUCGUUGUCUCGCUCAAUAACGUUUUAAUCUCCUGUUCCGCGUGAUGGCGUUGAACCCAUAUUUCAUAUUUAUUCCUGGCUGUGUCUCUUUAAUGACAUCGUGUAUUCUUCAGACUGCGUCCUGCUGUUUUGUUGUUGAGUUACUGCUCCUCUGGUGACUUCCUCCAGGCUGGCAUGAUGCCAAGCAAGCCGGGGCACUGACAUGUCGAAGCCAUCAAUACGGUGAUAAAAGGUGCGCUAGUGAGGUCUGUGGGGGAAACAGGGCCUUCUGUUGUUAUCGCACGUCUGCAGCGGCGGCGCGGCUAAUUGUGUGGAGAGGACAUGGCUGCUGCUUUGUCUUCGCUGGAAUCUUCUGGCUGUUUUUAAGGCGAGGGUGAUGAUAAGCUGCUAAACACAGCUGCUUCCUCAGAAGGCCGUUCUUACUUUGGGCCACUGUUAACUUCACACGGCACCUUCCUCACAUCCCGAUCUCCCCCAGCAUCACUCGGUCCCCGGAGGCAGAUCAGCUCAUAAAAAAACGCUUCAAGAUGGACUCGGGUGAUUUACACCAGAGUCGAGAAGCAAUAUUCUUCUGAUGAAAACAAAACCCUUGUGAGUCAAAUAAGGCUAUUUUAAUAUCAAACAAUAUGGUCUUUUUACGACCCAAUGUGAUUAUAUUUUAAUAUUCUCCUAAUAAGAGCAGAGCAGUUGCGCCACAGUCGGAUCACUUCACGUCUUUUUAUUUUCCUGAUUGAGCCGAUGAGGGAGGAGCUGCUCCUGUUGGGCUCACGCUGAGGAAAUAUCUCGCUGACAGACAGGGACAGUCAUUGUCUCGCACCUUUUCAUCCAGGAGAUAUUCUGAACUGGCUUCUUAUGAGGUGGAAAUCAUUUCACUCAGUUGUAUCCCUGGUCUUCACCCCAUUCUCUUGUAUGUAUAUCAGCUUUUAAAUCAAGAGCUUUGGGCUGAGUCCUUAACUUGGAACAAGAUGCUUAGAUUCUGUCAGCUGGGCCAAGUCUUUGCAUCUGGUAACUGAAGGCUUCCAUUUCUCUUGCAGCCGGACCACAAAAGCAGCAAUUGCGCGCACUGUAGCUCUAGUUGCAAAGAAUGUAUAUGGUGUCAGAGAUGUGUGCAUGGAACCCAAGUGCAACCUGUGACCAGUUGCGUAGAGGCUCGACCAUGAGCAUAAGAUCUAACAAUGUAUUAAUCCACGCAACAACACAAAUGGACUGAACUGAGAUCAGUAGAUCAGAGUUUAAAUGAGAAUGAAGAAAGAACAGAGGAUCACACACCAGUCAAUCAUUCACAAAGUCUGCGAACACACACAGCAGUCAGGCACUCAAUCGUGGUGAAAAAACAAAGUCCAGUAAAGUACAACAGAAAGUAAUGUGAUGGUCAAAACUCGCACACGGGAAAAAAGGGAGGAAAUAAGCAAACAAAAAUAAGCUUGUGCAGGAAAGAUCCACACACAGCUGAGAACAAAGGGGGGGAGGGACGAAAAGUGUGUGGCUUAACAGAACCGACUCACAGAUAAAUGUAACUCUAAAAGCGCAAGGAUCAGGAAGUGAACAAGAAGGGAGAACGGACACAGAAUAAUCUAGAAAGCUGAGAAUCAAGGCAAGCUGAGAUGGACAUGCAGGGGAGAACACAGGAAAUAAACAGACAAAAUAAAAGUGGAUCAUGACAUAUGGCCCUUUCAAAAUAGUGGGUCACCAAUUGUUUAGCUUGUCCUCGCGGAAUGGCUCACGUGUCGCAACUGAGACGCCUGCAGUGGGAACUGGGAACGCAAGGCAAACUCACGUGGUGGAACCUCGGUAACAUCCUCAAUCUGGACUGAGCUUUCCACCCUUUUCCCAGUCAGAAUUGUGAUCUCAGAUCCUCAUAACCAACUGCAUCUCCCACAAAUUUAAACAUGUGACAACAAGGUCUUGAUCUGAGGGACCUAGCAGGACCGCAUCAGCGCCAGUGCAGAGGGAGCCAUGUGUGGGAGAUAGACAGGAGCCCUUGAAGACCUUGCUUUAGGGGUGUGACACCCAUAAACACCCCACUCUGGAAUCAUCCUCUCCUGAACCCCUUAAUAGUAGUUACUGUGAAGCGAUGAAACCUACUUUAAAAAUAGUGAAGAAAGUGGCCGUAAAUGAAGAACAGAAGAAAUGAAAUGUGAGAUACUGCAGAGGAGGAGAAGAAAUUGAAUGCCUCCACUCAGAAUAUUCCAUCAGGGAGUGAUUUAUUUUUCAUGGAUUUGUUGAUUUAAUUCCUGCUGAGCGGCUCUGUUGUCUGACCGGGCCACGCGUGAACCCUGCGAACCGUGAGAAUGUGGGAUCGUGUGCGAAAUCUUCCCUCUCCUCUCAUCUCAGAGUGACGGCUGCAGAAAAUCGGAGGCAUUUCUGCGUCUCAUGCCCUCAGAGGAUUGUGCCUCGUGCGUGUGGGGGGGGAGGCGACACCUGAGUUUGGAUGUGAGUGGGUCAUUUGGGUCACUAAACUGGGGAAGGUGUUUGCACGCAGAGCUGUAACUUCCCUCCGCAGACACUCAGAAUCAAUAAGAAAAAGUAUCGAUGCCAACCACUGCAGGACUUUGUCUUGGUCCCGGGAGGAUGGGGGAGGUGAAGGGACAGGGUGAUCUUUGGUAAGUGACCGAUGCAGAAUUGAUUUUUAAUGCGAUGUUUACACUGGAAAAACACUUUGUUGAUCAUCCCUCCAGGGAAAGCUCCUCCAUCACAGUUAACUUCCACCACAUUUUCACCUUGCCCUGUCCCACGGGACGUCGCUGGCGGGCCCGAAUAUCAUGCCAUCCUUCCCACUUAGCCUGAGAAACAGACAGGCAGCUCAACAGGAGGAGGCAGGAUCAAUAGAAGAGACAGAUGGAGGUGGCAGCCUUCAGGAAUUGGUGAGGGGGAGUGGAGGGUAAUAAGGAACUCCUCUGUGCGACGGGUGGGAUUUUUGUCACAGGAAGACCUGCGUGCCGAUCUCCUGUCUCUCACCUGAGCUGCCAGUUCGGUCUAAUGAGACAGACACAGGCCGGUCCUGAGCCAGACGGAGGUGAAGUCACAAGUCGGGGCGACACACGCUCUCACACAAGUUGUGUAUCAUCCACAGAGAUAAUAUUCCACCAAAGGAGAUGCUUACAGGACUUUGUCGGCGGUUGGAUUUUCAGACCAUGUUUAACCAGGAUUCAAGUUCGAUUUUAAUGCUCUGCUGAAAAACUGUUGCAAUGCAUUGUGAGAGGUAACCGAGCAAAAAGCAAAAAUCUGUCCAAUGAACAUGAUUGCAACUAAGAACAUGGCUCAAUGAGCGGAGGUGUACCACCAGAGGAGUUUCUGCCUCAUUGCUCUGGCUGCAGCCCCCUCAACCCGUGUGGAUGGAUGGCACAGAGAUUAGCAUGAAAACUAUGUUUCCCUUUUCCGUGUGACCUACAGCAUUCCUCGACUAAUCUGCCAGAUACCUACAGCACUGACCUUUUACUCCAUGAAUUGACCCUCGGAUGACCUCUGAUCAUCCGGCUCAUCGGGGUCAAAGUCUGGGCCAGGCUCAGGUUUUAAUAUUACUUAACCUCCUUGAUCAUAACAAGAGCCCCUUGUUGUAUUAAAAAAAUGGAAAAUAAAACCGGGGUUAAGAGUUCAUGUGUUGACUUAGUAACCGUGAGCUUUAUUCACUGGACGGUUUUGUUGAGAGCAGGGGUCUCACACUGGUCCUCAAAGGGCCGCAGUGGAUGUAGGUCUUUUCUUACAUUCAGGCACCUUUUCACCUAUCAGUUGUCUAAGGAGGGUAACCAGUUGAAUGUUACAAAGACGUGUAGCAGUUUGGAGACAAAGUUAGGGAGGAGAGAUGGUUUGGACGUGGAGAGACAGUGCUGGGUAAAGAACGUAGAGAUGGACUGGCAAAUGGAUACUGAGAUGUGCUGAAUGACAGAGAAGUUCACCAGGAAGUCAGGUGUUUUGGGUCUCAGUCAGACACCCUCAGCUGGGCGACCCAGCCAGUGGUGAUCAGACCCUGCUCAACGUCCCCCUGCUUAACCAGAACCAACAUGAAGCCUUCUCAGACCUUUCCAGGAUGCCUAUGAACGCAGGUUCCCCAGGAUCCGGCACACAGCCAUUCCAGCUAUUCCUCCGACACUCAGCCACUAGAUCAGGCGUACUUUACUCGCUUCUUCUCCUCCUCUUCCUCCAUUCUGUCCUCCCAGGGCACAGUUACUUCAAGGAGCAACGCGUGCUUGCUGGCUCCAGACCUCAAGACCAUGUCUGGCCAGAGUGUUUGCAGGUGCCUCACUCGGUCAACCAGGAGUUUCCAGUCCGACCAGAGUCUUCUUGGAAGGUUGAGGUUUCUCCACUGUUCAGACUCAGGCGACCACGCACUGGUUGGCUGAUGCCACUUGCAGGUGUGAAUUCCGCAGGACCUAGUCAUGGCACCUGCGGUACCUGCCAUCUCCCAAGGCAUUGGCCAACAGCUGUGCUGCGUUCUCAUGACCUACUUCUCAGACACAGCUGGCACGCAGGUAAGUCUAUCAGGCCCCAGGUGAACAGGUCAGCAGGUCUUGGGAGGACAUCAUAUACAGUGAUUGGACCAAGAACUUGGACUGGUGUGGCGCCGCCUUCCAGAGUUCAGUCCAGGCGAUUUCAGAUAUGGCAGACCUGGGCAAAGUCUGGCCGGGGGGCCAAACACGGCCCUUUGGCUGUAUUUAUGUGGCCCUCCUUACGUCAGAGUAAAACGAUAAAACUGACAUUGUUGUUGUCGCUGACAUUUCAGUCUUAUGCAUUGUUUUUUGUUAUUUUUGUUCAUUAUGAUGCAACUGAAACAUAACUUGUGUGAUCAUUAUUUUUAAACUAUUAAGGGAGUAUUUCUUGUCCCUGAAAAUACAUCGGUAUUGAAAGUAGAUUUUGAAAUGCACGAGACACAGUGAGAAUCUUGAAGUGGUAUGUGGUUUAAAUUAAGUAAAACACAACAAUCUGCAUUUUAAAGUGUAAUUUCAUCAUCUCACAUGAUGUCGCCACUUGAUUUUUAUUUUAAAAUUUCUCUUUUGACGGCCCCUCUCACAAUAUAUAACCUGGCCCCCAGCCCACCUCUGGGAUAUGAUAAACUUGGGGCAGUUUCAAAGAGACUUGGUCAACAAUGGUAUUUGAAAUUUACUUGUCAUUAUCAGAGGGAAGCAAUCGAGUCACAAGCAACAAGUCAGUAUAGUUCAGUCCAACCUGAGUGACUCUCCCUGGAACUAAAGUGGACCCCCUCAAGCAGGAGUGGAGAACAGCCUCAAAACUCAAGUCGUGUUUACAGUCAAGCGUAAAUGGUGAGCACGGUAAGGGACAAAGACGAGAGGAGACGCCUGUUGGAAUGUAUGGCUUCACCAACAACACAAAGUACUCCUGAAAUGUGUCGCUGUUUCACGUGAACGCCAGUGCCUUGGUGCAUUAUUAAUGUUCCAUAUCAUAGUGCUACACAUGUUUGACUUUGCCUCAGCUUGCGUGACGGCCAUGAAUUAUAUAAAUGGAAGCGGUGAGAUCUCGAUAAGCGGACGCAUGGCGAACGGGCGAUAUUUAAAUGACAACAUCAAUAUUCAUCACAGCUCCGCUGCAGAUUAAAAAUAGUGUCAUGACACCGGAACAAGUGCGGCUCAGGUCAACCUCACUGUUUGAAGAUUAAAUUAAACAUAAUUUUCCCAUAUUCAGGGGAUUGUCACAUGUUGAUGCAUUUUUAACGCAAAAGCUGCGGCUUUGGACGUCAGAAGGUCAGAAGGAAGGAGACUCAUGGUCAUCACCAACGCUGACAACAGAGUUGGGAGUUGGAGAAUUGGACUCUCACGAUACACUCACACUUUCCCCGACAUUACAAAGAGAACUACAAGAAGGACAUGGUUGGAGGGAACAGAGGGCGAGUCUGGUCAUAGUUUAUUGAAAACUUGCUGAAGCGAGCAGUUUUCCCACAGGAGAGUUGAUGUCAACAUGCUCCAGAGGCACAAGAUUGUAAACUUUUGGAAUUGAACCAUGAGAGAAAACCUACUGACUUUCCUAUUUCUCUUUCAUUUUAGCUUUGAACCCACCCAUUUUUGCUCCUAGAAACCUCCUCCAGCUCCCAGAAAGAGUCCAGACUCAUGCUAGAGGAGGCUUGUUUCAGAUGCUUGUGUCUGUGAUCUUGUUUUUUUCAAGCAUGAUUUGAAGCUUGUGACAGGCCGGAGCUUUACCUUUUGGCACAGGAUCUCUGAGGUGGUUCUCCAGGGCUAUAAGGAAGUGGACACUCGAUGUUGGUCCCUAGAUGAGCGGUCCAUUUGGGUAGUUGACUGAGGAAGACUUAGGUGUAGAGAUGAGGUCCUUCCCCAGGUGGAACCUGCAUCGGCUCUCUCACUCUCUCUCUGGUGAUCGAAGGGUCUUGAAGUUCUUCCACUUCCAUUGGCAUAGCGCUAUUCUACUUUAAAUGAGUGAAGUACAAAAUAUAUUAUGGUUAUGGCAUCAUUAGCUUCACUUAUUCCACCUAAUAAAGUCAAGCGUGUUUGCUGGAGUGUUGAAAGUGUAAAGCCCGACGUUAUAAAAGCUGCUAUCGGCUGAAUAAUUGAGGAUGUGCUAAUGGCUCGGCGUACUCCAUUAGAUCUGGCGUAACUGUUACACUGGCUGACGUGCUGCUGCACAACUUCCUCUCUUCCUGCCCUGAAUUGGCCUCGGGCCGCGGAAAGACGAGUUUGGAGAAACUUUGCUGCUGAUGUUUAAUGAAGUAGCACUUUCCACACUGAUGAAGAUGUGAACGGAAAAUGUAGCAGCCAAUUAUCAUAUCUUUGAGAAUAAAAUAAUCACCCUGAGCGCUGUGAAGACGUGUUUGAGUUUACUGGAAUCACCCUGACAGAGCUGUUUGUCCCGCGGCGCUCUGCUCGCAGUGGUGGUGAACCCGGGCACAAGCAGGUGCCAGUCCUCUGCUGAAGAUGUGGCGGGUUUAUCGGAAGCCCAACCGCUGCUUUGAUGGACGCCCGUCAUUACCCAGUAGCUGCAGUGUGAGUGGAGCGCACCAGUGUAACGUCCUGGUAUGAGGCUCACAAAUAAUCCUAAUCUGAGUUAACCCCAGGUUGACCUCAUAAUCACUCCUGCUACAUUUCAUCAGGGAUCACUUUCAUGUCACGUAUGGAUUAUGUGUGAUAUUCCAUUACAUUUCGACAGCCUGCCUCAGGAACGUCUGCCAGUAUGGUGGGAG